AUGGUAAUCAAAUCAAACGGGCCGCCAUCUAAACAUUUCGGGGAACCUGUAAUCUCUAAGAUCAUUGAUGAGCACAAAGAAACACUUGAGGAUCAUGAAAAUUCUCCAAGGGAUUUGGUCGACAUGCUCCUCUUACAUCAACGAAACAACAAAGGGCAUACUGCCGAGGAGGUUCUCGGGAAGCUCGAUAUCGAAGUUGCAGUCGGAGACCUCUUGGGUGAAUUCCCAGCCUUAGCCAACAUGAUGAUUUGGGGACUGUGGAUACCCGCUACGGAGCCGGAAGAUCAGGAGAAAUUACGCGAAGAAUGCGAGAACAUCGUGAGCAGCGACGUUCCUACAGCCUCAUCUAAGAAGGAUCUCGUCUACGGUGAGGCAGUCAUGUAUGAGGUUUUGCGCUUGGUGAGCUCGCCCAUAAUUCCGCAUGUCGCGAACGAGAACACUGACAUUCAAGGGUUCCGGGUGCCCAAAGACACGAUAGUCAUGUUCAAUACGUGUGAUCUGAACUUCGAAGACCGUGGAUGGACUCGCAGCAAGGUCACCAUGGAGGUAGAACCGCAGUUCUUAUUUGAACGAAGAAAAUGA